AUGAGAGAAGCUAACAUCACUCCGCUGACUCAACACCUGGUCAAAGCACUUAUCCCUCAAAAGUGUCUCGUCCCAUCAUUCGAAUGUUACGAUGGAUCCAGCGAUCCUGCAGCUCAUCUUCGGUACUGCAUUUUAGCCCGAUGGGAUAAAAACGAUGCGGUCCUCUGCAUAUAUUUUCCUUCAAAUCUAAAGGGAUCAGCACUAUCUUGGUUCCACAACCUACCGCCCAACUCCAUCGAUUCCUACAGCCAUCUCACUGAGAAAUUCUUAGGAAUGUACAUGUACAACAAGGCUAUCAACGCCGGAAUGGACAAGCUCUUCUCUUUGGCAAUUGCUUACAAAGAAAAGAUCAGGGAAUAUACCGACAGAUGGCACAAAAUUUUUCAAGCUAUAGGGAACAUAGACCCAGUGGUCAGCAUCAACUGUUACAAAUGGGGAUUGGAUAGAAUGAGCCCUUUAUUUGUGGAGAUUCAUGGAAGUGUACCUACGAUUGAAGGAGACCUUCGAGUAAUCAUCGAAAAGCAUGCCAGGUUAGAAGAAAUCCAUCGGGAAAAUCCCAAAACCCAAACUCAAAGAUCUCAUCGUACUAACUCAGAGGAGCAAACCAGUGGAUCAAAGAGGAGCGGUUCAACUAAACGUCCUAACGAAGAUAAGAGAAGACGAAAGGAUGACCGUCGGCGGGAUGACCAAAAAUUCGAAGAUUAG